CGGGUUUGCAGCAGGCGGUGGGGAGGGGGAAGCGGGGCCGGGCGCUCUGCGGGUUCCACGGCUGGCCCAUGAGGGGUCAGACGGGCAGGCGGCAGGGCCUGUGGCCGCAGCUGGCGGCCGGGGCGGCCGACGAGGACCGGCCCAGCCGACUGCCCCGUGCCCGGCCGCGCCCAGCAGCCGGGCCAGAGGGGAGGGAUGCGCCACACCGCCAAGCUCCCACCUGCCCUGCCCCUGCCCUGAACCAGAAAGUUUGGGGGCCGGGGGCUGGCUUCCUCCUUCCGCUCCAAUGACCGCCCAAGGACUCCUGCUGCCCAGGCUUGACCGCGACCUGCCUGCGCUCCCCAGGUCGUCAUGAACUCUUGCAAGCUGUAACCAAGGCUCCCCUCAUCGCCCACCCCUGGCCCACCGUGAAAAAGAUUUAUUUUUUUAUUCAAGCAUUUGCGACCCGCAGUUUUCCCCUCCUCGUUAAUCAUUUAGUCCCGGGCCUCGUUUCUGAGUGUGAGAGGGGGUGCGGUCACCCCCCAGACGGCGCGCUGGAAGGACAGUUUCCCCUUGCUGACCCGCAUACACCAUGAAGAGGUGUCGGUCGGACGAGCUGCAGCAGCAGCAGGGCGAGGAGGAAGGAGCGGGGCCAGAAGAUGCCGCCUGCCACAUGCUGGGCGUGGACCUCCGGCCCGGUACGAACUCUGCGGGGGCACCAACUUGUGACACGGGCGCUGCCCCGGCGCCCAAUCCAGGGCCCCGAAGCAAGCCUCCUGAUUUAAAGAAAAUCCAGCAGCUCUCGGAGGGCUCCAUGUUUGGCCACGGCCUGAAGCACCUGUUCCACAGCCGCCGCAGGUCACGGGAGCGGGAGCACCAGCCGUCUCAGGAUUCGCUGCAGCAGCCUCAGGGCAUGUCCGACCAUGACUCUCCAGACGAGAAGGAGCGCUCGCCGGAGAUGCACCGCGUGUCCUACGCUGUAUCCCUGCACGACCUGCCCGCCCGGCCCACAGCCUUCAACCGUGUGCUGCAGCAGAUCCGCUCCCGGCCCUCCAUCAAGCGUGGCGCCAGCCUGCACAGCAGCGGCGGGAGCGGUGGGGGCGGCAGCCGGCGCACCAAGAGCAGCUCCCUGGAGCCCCAGCGUGGUAGCCCCCACCUGCUGCGUAAGGGCCCACAGGACAGCAGCCUGGCCGCCAUCCUGCACCAGCACCAGUGCCGCCCCCGCUCCUCUUCCACCACUGACACCGCCUUGCUGCUGGCUGACGGUAGCAAUGUGUACCUGCUGGCGGAGGAGGGCGAGGGGUUCGGAGACAAGGUGGACAAGGGGGACCCAAGCCUGGCCAGCGGCCCCGGCCAAGGUGAUGCUGAUGGCCCCAUCAGCCUGGAUGUGCCUGACGGGGCCCCAGACCCACAGCGGACCAAGGUAGCCAUCGACCACCUGCACCAGAAGAUCCUAAAGAUCACGGAGCAGAUCAAGAUCGAGCAGGAGGCACGUGACGACAAUGUAGCAGAGUACCUGAAGCUGGCCAACAAUGCUGACAAGCAGCAGGUGUCGCGCAUCAAGCAGGUGUUUGAGAAGAAGAACCAGAAGUCGGCACAGACCAUUGCGCAGCUGCACAAGAAGCUGGAGCACUACCGCCGGCGCCUCAAGGAGAUUGAGCAGAACGGGCCAUCACGCCAGCCCAAGGACGUGCUGCGGGAUAUGCAGCAGGGCCUCAAGGACGUGGGCGCCAACGUGCGUGCAGGCAUCAGCGGCUUCAGUGGAGGAGUAGUGGAGGGUGUCAAGGGCAGUCUGUCCGGCCUGUCGCAGGCCACUCACAGUGCUGUGGUGUCCAAGCCGCGCGAGUUUGCCAGCCUCAUCCGCAACAAGUUUGGUAGCGCCGACAACAUUGCGCACCUCAAGGACCCGCUGGACGAUGGGCCCCCUGAGGAGGCGGCCCGUGCACUGAGUGGCAGCGCCACACUUGUGUCCAGCCCCAAAUACGGCAGCGACGACGAGUGUUCUAGCGCCAGCGCCAGCUCAGCCGGGGCAGGCAGCAACUCGGGGGCUGGGGCCAUGGGGGUACUGGGGAGCCCCAAGUCCAACACGUUGUACGGGGCGCCUGCCAACUUGGACGCGCUGCUGGAGGAGCUGCGGGAGAUCAGGGAGGGCCAGACCCACCUGGAGGACUCCAUGGAGGACCUGAAAGCGCAGCUGCAGCGGGAUUAUACCUACAUGACGCAGUGCCUGCAAGAGGAGCGCUACAGGUACGAACGUCUGGAGGAGCAGCUCAAUGACCUGACAGAGCUGCACCAGAACGAGAUGACCAACCUGAAGCAGGAGCUGGCCAGCAUGGAGGAGAAGGUGGCCUACCAGUCCUAUGAGAGGGCUCGGGACAUCCAGGAGGCUGUGGAGUCCUGUCUGACCCGGGUCACCAAGCUGGAGCUGCAGCAGCAGCAGCAGCAGGUGGUGCAGCUGGAGGGUGUGGAGAACGCCAACGCGCGCGCGCUGCUGGGCAAGUUCAUCAACGUCAUCCUGGCGCUCAUGGCCGUGCUGCUGGUGUUCGUGUCCACCAUCGCCAACUUCAUCACGCCACUCAUGAAGACGCGCCUGCGCAUCACCAGCACCGCCCUCCUGGUCCUUGUCCUCUUCUUCCUCUGGAAACACUGGGACUCCCUCACCUACCUCCUUGAGCACGUGCUGCUGCCCAGCUGAGGAGCCAGCCUGGCCCCCGCAUCCCCCCUCCCCACUGCCUGCGCCUCUCCGGGAGGGACCCUGGGACCCCCACGUCCCUUAGACUUCUUCACGUGCCCGGUUUGGCCAUCUGCACAAAGUGUCCAUUCCAGCACCAUCGGCCCCUCUGCUCAGUCCUCACUUCUGUCUGUCGCCUCCUUCCUGUUGGCCCAGAGGGAGCCUGGGAGGAAACCCUGGCUGGGGACACAGGAGCCACCUGUGGGCAAAUGGACUAAGGAGAACAGCAACAUAGACUGUGC